GAUGACAGCGAAAGCGCGAAGCAGAGCUACGGGACGGACCCCACGUCUGAAGGAAAUGGACCUUUUCUCCUCGAUUGCGUGGCGAAUGUAACGGAAUAGAAUGGAAUGAGAUGGAACGAUAAAUGUAAGGCUGUGGAGAGGAGAAAGACAUCUCAGAGUGCGAGAACGAGCAGUGUCAGUGGUGAAGAAAAGAAGAAGGGAAGAAGAUUACGAUGCUAUUAUGCUCUUCGUCUCCGAUCUUCCUCGCUCGAGCCUCCUCGCACCCUCGAAAGGACUCAAGAAGUCAUGUGCUUGCAAAGUUGCAGUCAGCACUGGUGGCAAAUUCAUCUAUACGAUUUUCUGUUAAGUACCCUUUCUGCUGCCCGCAUAGGUUGUCCAUAAAUUUGAAGGCUGAGCGUGAUUUUGCAAUCUCAAGUGUUCUGGGUGAGAACCAAGCCAUGACAACUACUGAAGAGGAUGUUCAACAUUGUGGAAUAUUUGACUUGGAUCCAUCACUGGAAAAAUUUAAAGAUCAUCUCAUUUACAGGUCAAAGAAAUAUGUGGAACAAAAAUCAUUGAUUGAGAAAUUCGAAGGAAGUCUUGAAGAAUUUUCUCAAGGUUAUCUCAAGUUUGGAUUCAACAGAGAACAAGAUGCUAUUGUUUACCGUGAAUGGGCUCCAGCUGCCCAGGAAGCACAACUUAUUGGAGAUUUCAAUGGCUGGGAUGGGUCCAACCACAAAAUGGAAAAAAAUGAAUUUGGUGUUUGGAAUAUUAAAAUCCCAGAUGCUGGAGGUAAACCAUCCAUUCCUCACAAUUCUAGGGUCAAAUUUAGGUUCAAACAUGGCAAUGGAAUUUGGGUUGAUAGGAUUCCAGCAUGGAUCAGAUAUGCCACCGUUGAUCCUACUCGAUUUGCAGCUCCUUAUGAUGGAGUUCACUGGGAUCCACCACCUUCAGAAAGGUAUAUCUUCAAGUACUCUAGACCUCCAAAACCUGCAGCUCCAAGGAUCUACGAAGCUCAUGUUGGGAUGAGUAGCUCAGAACCAUGUGUAAGCACUUACAGGGAAUUUGCAGAUACUGUAUUGCCUCGUAUACGAGCAAAUAACUAUAACACAGUUCAGCUAAUGGCUAUUUUGGAACAUUCAUACUAUGGAUCUUUUGGUUAUCACGUUACAAACUUUUUUGCUGUAAGCAGUAGAUCAGGAACACCGGAAGAUCUCAAGUAUCUGAUUGACAAGGCGCAUGGUUUAGGUCUCCGAGUUCUUAUGGAUGUUGUUCACAGCCACGCUAGCAACAAUGUCACUGAUGGUCUUAACGGGUUUGAUGUUGGACAAGGCACUCAAGACUCCUACUUCCAUAAUGGGGAAAGGGGUUACCAUAAGCUAUGGGAUAGCCGAUUAUUCAACUAUGCUAAUUGGGAAGUCUUAAGGUUUCUUUUAUCUAACUUAAGAUGGUGGUUGGAUGAAUUUAACUUCGAUGGUUUUCGAUUUGAUGGGGUAACAUCAAUGCUCUAUCAUCAUCAUGGAAUUAACAUGGUAUUUACUGGAAACUACACCGAAUAUUUCAGUGAGGCAACUGAUGUGGAUGCGGUUGUUUAUAUGAUGCUAGCAAAUCACUUGGUGCAUAACCUUUUGCCAGAUGCCACUGUUAUUGCUGAAGAUGUCUCUGGUAUGCCAGCCCUAUGCCGACCAGAUUACGAAGGUGGAGUAGGUUUUGACUAUCGGUUGGCCAUGGCAAUUCCUGAUAGGUGGAUUGACUUCUUGAAGAAUAAAAUGGACAGUGAAUGGUCAAUGAAAGAAAUUGUUUGGAGCUUAACUAACAGGAGAUACACUGAGAAAUGUGUAGCAUAUGCAGAGAGUCAUGAUCAGGCCAUUGUUGGAGACAAAACAAUUUCCUUCCUCCUCAUGGACAAGGUGAUGUAUUCAGGCAUGUCUGAUUUGGAACCUGCAUCACCUGUAAUUGAACGAGGGAUUGCACUUCACAAGAUGAUUCACUUCCUAACAAUGGCCUUGGGGGGUGAAGGCUACCUAAAUUUUAUGGGAAAUGAGUUUGGUCAUCCGGAGUGGAUUGACUUUCCAAGAGAAGGCAAUAGUUGGAGCUAUGAUAAGUGUAGACGCCAGUGGAACCUUGUUGACACUGAUCACUUAAGAUACAAGCACAUGAAUGCCUUUGAUAGAGCAAUGAACUUGCUUGAUGAUAGAUUUCACUUCCUUGCAUCAGAGAAGCAGAUAGUGAGCAGCAUAUCGGAAGAGGAUAAGGUAAUUGUUUUUGAACGUGGAGAUUUGGUUUUUGUGUUCAAUUUCCAUCCUGAGAAUACCUAUAGCGGAUAUAAAGUUGGGUGCGACUUACCAGGAAAGUAUAGGGUCACACUGGAUAGUGAUGCUUUUGAAUUUGGUGGGCAUGGAAGAGUCGGCCAUGAUAUAGACCAUUUUACAUCUCCUGAAGGAAUACCAGGAGUCUCGGAAACAAACUUCAACAACCGUCCGAACUCAUUCAAAAUCCUAUCUCCGGCACGCACUUGUGUGGUCUACUACAAAGUUGAUGAAACUCUCCAACAACCUGAUGAAGAUACAACUGGCACAGAAACAACGGUGACACAGGUGCUCCAAGAUUCCCAGGUUGACAAAACUGCUGAAAGCCCUAGUGAGGAAACAAUCAGCACCGAGGAGACAACAGUGAGACAGGUGCUCCAAGAUUCUCCUGACCUAGCUUCCGAUGAAGUUCUGGUUUCGAGUGGUAUCAGAGAUGAAAAGGAAAUAGACACGGAAGAUUCGACAGCCAGUGAUUAACUGUGGCUAACCCUGUUGUCAUGAUGUCACUCGGCAUAAUGCUUAGGCUUUAUGAGCUGUUGCUUCUCCAUUUCAACUUCAUUUUUCCUUUUUUUCUGAUGUAUAAAUGCUUCCUUGAAGACCUGAAUCAGUGAUAUGGGCAUUUCAAGAAAGAACUAUUUUGUGUCCGUAUGUCGACUAAUACAGGUCAUGGUUAGAUUUUUUUGACUCAA